AUGUUGGAACGAUCUCCCGCCCCCACUACCUCGGCGAACGCCAAGAAGUGGGAGGUGGAGUUGGCGACGCUGAAGAGUAACAACCUCCGGCUGACGGCCGCGCUGCAGGAGAGCACCGCCAACGUGGACGAGUGGAAGCGGCAGCUGCACCAGUACAGGGAGGAGGUGGCGCGCGCCCGCCACUACGCGGGGAAAGGAGCUGAAGCUAAUGAGGUGGAACAAUUGAGGCAGCGUGUCGCCCAGCUGGAAGCAGAAUUGGCCCAAAAGAAUGAAGAAUUAGCUCAGAUUACCAAGUCCAAGAAAAGUGAACAGGACGCGGAGGCGAAGUUGGCGCAGAGUCAGCUGGAGCUGGCGCUGGCGGCGCAGGACGGGCAGCGCCAGGUGCUGCAGGCGCUCAGCGACCAGCUCGCGCGGCAGCUGCAGGAGCUGGUCAACCACGAUCCACCGCGAGAUAAACACCGCGCUGCAAACAUGAGACGCGGCCCUGCCGCCGCCGCCGCCGAUAUACGCGUCCGUAGUCAAGGAGCGCCGCCCGCUGCCGCUGCUGCUGCAGCCCGCCCCCGCCCCCGCCCCCGCGCCCGCCCCCGCCCCCGCGCCGCCCCCGCCGCCGCACGCGCCGCCGCGCCGGCCCGAGGAGCCCACCUACGUGACCGUCAAGGCGAAGAAAUGAAGAGUGCUAUCGGUAUUUCGCAAGGUGCACGAGCCUUUUUAAGUUCCGACGUCGCCGCGGUGGUGGUGGUGGUGGUGGUUCGGUCCGCUUCGAUGAUUCUUCAAAUUUCAAUGUGA